AUGAGUUACACUGCUAAAAUUGCAGACUUUGGAACGUCAGUAUAUGUUCCCGAAGACCGAGAUCACCUAUCAACUGUAGUGAAAGGGACAUUUGGAUACUUAGAUCCUGAGUAUUAUAGUAGACAAGAGAUAACAGAAAAGAGUGAUGUCUACAGCUUUGGAGUUGUCUUGGUAAAGCUACUGACGAGUCAAAAGGCAAUAGAUGCCAAUAGGCCUCGGGAAAAUAUAAAUUUAGCAUCUGGUUUAUUCGUGCAUUUGGAUCAAAUUGUCGAUGGUGAAAUAAUCAACGAGGGAAAUUUUGGGACGGUUCAAAAGGUGAGCAAUCUCGCAGAAAUAUGUUUAAGGGAUCGUGGGGACGGAAGGCCCUUAAUGAAGGAAGUAGUCAUGGAGCUUGAGGGAGUAAUGUCAACUAUUGCAAAGCAUCCUGCAGGAGGAGAAAAGGUUAAUUUCUUUCGAUCGCCCAAAGCGACUAAUUACUUGCCGGGGUUACCUUCAAAUGCUUACGUUGUGGAUGUUGGUGGUGAUGAUGCUAGUUCGAGUUCUAUUAAGCCUUAUGACGAUAGGCGAUGA